CUUCCUGACACUUCACUUAAGGCACCAAGUCAACCAUGCUGAGAAAGAUGUUGAUCCUUUCAGCUCUACUGGCUGUGUUUCUAGUUGAUCCAAUAAAACCACAAGAGGCAUUGACUACCCCUCUGUCUGGGGACUCAAACAUGGAGCCGAGCAUAAAGCCAAGCACGGACUCAAGCAUGGAGACUACUGGAAAGCCCAGCGGGGAAGGAAGCGGAGACCCCAGUGCGGAACCAAGUUCAGAGCGCAACAGAGAGCCAAGCACAGAGUCCACCAGAGAGCUGAGUGUGGAACCAACCAAAGAAUCCAGCACAAAACCAACCAAAGAGCCAAGCACAGAACCUCACAUGUCUGGACAGCAAUGGCAUCACCCACCAAAGAAACAGUUUCUGCUUUUAUGAAAUGAGUAAUCAGCAGCAACCUACCUACCCACCCUACUUCUCCAAAUCAGCAUCAUCUCUCCCCAAAUACACAUACUCAGGGGACCUAAGAGAGAUUUCUAUUCCCCUUGGGCUGCUGAAUAACAAAAGGGAAUAUAGCAGGAUCCAAGAAUCUGGCUCUGAACCUUCAGCAAUAUAGUGCUCCUUAGCACUCUGCUUGGACAUUGGUUCCGGGGUGGCUCAAUACAAGAGAAUUCUGCCUGCUGGAACACCAACAUCACAUUCCGUGGGACAUUGGGAGAGAUUCUGCCCCUUGCUUCAGCAGCAUAUAGGAAAUGUAAACAGCCCACAAGGAGAAGGGGAGAAUUUCUUCAGUGCAGCUACAGUAUUGGGUUGUCAGAGGCACCCGCACGCAAGCCCUGGCAUAUUAAUAAAAAGUGAAAAUGCCAAUGAAACUCCAGUUUG